AUUGGUUGCAUUUUAAUUUAGCCUUUCGUUAAAUCAUGUUUCUGUUUGUAGUUUACAAUGUAGAUAUCUGCAGUUGCAUCGCCAUUGAUGAUAAUAAUAAAAAAACAUUUCAAUGGAAUCAGUUAUUCAAUUUCUUGAUUAAAAGGAGGGUCCAGGUUUUGAGACAAAGAAAAGAACCCAGAUUUUGGAACGGAAGAAAACAUUGCAAUAAUGCUUUCGAGAAUCCAGUUUUUAAUGUGAUGUAAGUGAUUGGUUUGUACCGAUUUAUGUUAUUGUUUGGAGCAGAGAGCAGCAAUGUUUCUUCAUAAACCCGAAACUGCAAUCCCAGUGUUCAGACCAGACACUGAAGAUUCGCCAUUUCGAGCAUACAUGACGACGCAGUUGCCGGAAGGAUUGUGGACAACCGGUCUUUGCGAGUGUUACGGAGAUGUUCCUAACUGUUUGUUUACAAGUAUAUGUCCGUGCAUCACCAUGGGACGCAAUUCCGAGAUUAUCAAUAGAGGAGAAAUAUCCUGCAGAUCGGCCAGCCUCCUCCACCUUGCUACAGGGGUUGUGCUUUUUGGAUGGAUAUUCGGGUCGAAAAACCGGACCAAGUUGAGGCAACAUUUUUCAUUGCCAGAGUCACCCUUACCAGAUUGGUGCGCUCACCUGUUGUGCAUGUGGUGCACACUUUGUCAAGAACACCGCGAACUCCGAACCCGCGGGGCCGACCCCUCCUUAGGAUGGGAGGGCAAUUUGUCUAAGUGGCUUAAAGAUGGACUGACUCCCCCAAUUGUGGUACCACGCAUGGUAACGUUUAACAUUAAAAAUGAUUGAUUAAAUUAGUAUCAUGAGUUAAAUAAAUAAAUUUAUCAAAAUAAAAUAAAUUAAACAUCUUUAUUUUAGAGGAACUUCCGAAUCAUUGCUAUGUUUUGUUGUGCGUGGUUUUUUAAACAAAAAAUAUUAUAUGCAUCUCCAUGUAUUUAGUAGAUAUGGUUUUGGUUGUUUUUAUAUUAAGGAGACGGAAGCUUGAAAAUAAGAGAGGAGAUUGAAGAUCUUGAGAUUCAACUUCCGAAGUGUUGAAUGCCAGAGCAGCUA